AGCACAGCUUCAUCUUGUUAUAUCUCAAACUUCAUUCAGUUAAAGUUCAGUUUUUCUUGGAAUAAUAACGCAUUGACGAUGGAAGCAAGCAGCAAAGAAGCGGGAAGUAAAAUGAAGGAUCAAUCUCAGCCAGUAAAUCUGACACAAGAUACUGAUCUCACAGCAAGGAAUAUCCAGUCAUCCACCUCUGCUGCUGAAGCACAGUCCAGCACAUCUGUUGGGAAGAGCAAACAGAAUGCUAAAGACAAGUCUACUACUGAUCCAGCAAAGGAAAAGGCUUUAAAACCAAAACUCCAGCUUAAUUUUACCACAUUCACGGUCAAAAACGGUGAAGAGUUGAAAGUAGAGAUACCCGUGGUUGCAAAUCCAGUUCCCAAGGUAGAAUGGAAAAUAGAUGGACAAGCCAUCAAAGAAACAUCCAGGCUUGAGAUCGCAACCACAUCAUCAUUGACAGUCCUUCAUAUCAGACAUGCUGCCAGAGAGCAUGCUGGUCAGUACUCUAUCACAGCGAGAAAUAAUGCUGGAGACGAUACUAGGGAACUCACAGUAGUGGUUCUUGAAAAGCCCGACCCACCCUCAGGACCUGUGAAGGUUGAUGAGGUCAGUUCUGACUAUGUUUCUAUCUCCUGGGAGCCCCCAGAAUACACUGGAGGCUGUCAACUUGACAACUAUAUUGUGGAGAAACGUGAAAUUACUAACAUGGAGUGGCAAACUGUAUCAGCCACAACAGUACGAACCACAAUCAAAGUCACAAAGCUAAAGACAGGAAGUGAAUAUCAAUUCCGUGUGUUUGCUGAAAAUAGGUAUGGCAAGAGUACAUCGAUAAUAUCUCCAAUUGUAAUUGCGCAGUAUCCAUUUAGUGCGCCUAUGGCUCCUGGAACACCUUUUGUGUCCGUCGUGACAAAGUACAGUAUGUUGGUUGAAUGGACACCUCCAGUCAAGGAUGGAGGUAGCUCUGUCACCGGCUAUCACCUGGAACGUAAGGAGAAAAAUAGCAUUUUAUGGACCAAGAUGAACAAACUUGCCAUACUUGACCCUCGCUUCAAAACAACAGGCCUGGAGGAAGGUAUUGAGUAUGAAUUCAGAGUAUUUGCUGAGAAUAUCGCUGGAAUCAGUCCACCCAGCAAGAUAUCUGACUGCUAUGUGGCAAGAGAUCAAUGUGAGCCACCUGGUAAACCCGACGCUGUUGUUAUUACAAAGGAGAAUAUCACCCUCCAGUGGGCCAAACCAGAGUAUGACGGUGGGAGCUCCAUUACAGGAUAUGUUGUUGAAAAAAAAGAGCUUCCAGAUGGUCGAUGGAUGAAAGCAAACUUCACAAAUGUUAUUGAAAAUCAGUUCACAAUUACAGGCCUGACAGGUGGACAAAGUUAUGAGUUUAGAGUAACUGCCAAGAAUGGUGCGGGUGUCUGGAGCAAACCCUCCGAAAGUAUAACUAUCUUUGCUGAGGAUGUUAUUGAAGGGCCUUCUGUAUACAUGGACCCCAAGUUUAAGAGUACAAUUGUCAUUCAGGCUGGCGACACAUUCACAAUUGAGGCUGAUUACUUUGGAAAGCCCUUGCCUGAUGUAAGGUGGCUAAAAGAUGGUGAGGAAAUCAACAAAGCUACACCAAGAAUAGAUGUUAAAAACACCCUCACUCACACCACAUUGACAGUCCGGGACUGUAUACGAGGAGAUGCGGGACAUUUUAUCUUAAGUCUCACAAACAUUGAUGGAACAAAAUCUAUCCAAGUUAAUGUAAAGAUACUAGAUAGACCUAGUCCCCCACAGGGACCUUUAAGGGUGAAAGUUGUCAGUGCGGAAAAAAUCAAUCUUUACUGGAACCCUCCUUCAAAUGAUGGCGGCGCCAUUGUUUCCCAUUACAUUGUCGAGAAGAGAGAGACAAGCCGUGUCACAUGGACAGGGGUUGAUCCCAACGUGGAAGCCGUUGCUUACAAAGUGACAAAGUUAACACCAGGGAGAGAAUACAUAUUCAGAGUUUGUGCUGUGAAUAAAUUUGGUGUUGGAGAAUUUCUGGAAUCAGACCCUAUCAUGGCAGAAAAUCCUUUUAAAACACCGAGUGCACCUUCUACCCCAACAGCUAGUGCUGUGACUGGAGACUCUGUACUGUUGACAUGGGAAAGACCUGAGGCCGAUGGGGGCUCCGAGAUUGAUGGUUACAUCUUGGAAAAACACGACAAAGACGGUGUCAGGUGGACUAAGUGCAACAAGAGAAGAUUGAAUGACCUACGCUUCCGAUGCACAGGACUGACUGAGGGACAUUAUUAUCAGUUUAGAGUAUCGGCAGAGAAUGCUGCUGGUGUUGGUUCAGCCAGUGAGCCAAGUGAUUAUAUUAAAGUGUGCGAAGCGUCAUAUCCUCCAGGUCCUCCUAACAACCUCAAAAUGACAGACUAUUCCUUCAGCACUGUGUCUCUAUCCUGGUCCAAGCCUAUCUACGAUGGCGGAACUGCCAUUACUGAAUUUGUUGUUGAGAUGAAAGAAGCAGCAGAUGAUGAAUGGAUCACAUGCAUUCCAAACACAAAAGAUACAAAGUACACCAUAAAAGGGCUAAGACAAAACGCACAGUACAACUUCCGGGUGCGUGCAACGAAUGCCAAUGGAGUUGGAGAGCCUUUUGUCUUACCUGCGUCUGUGGUAGCAGCUGAAAAACUGGAGCUACCUGAAAUUGAGUUGGACGCAGCUUUGCGAAAGACAGUUAGUGUUCGAGCCUGUUCAACAUUACGUCUCCAUGUCCCCAUAAGAGGAAGCCCAGAACCUGAGGUCAAAUGGUCAAAAGAAGGUGGUCCUCUCAGUGAGCGUGCACAAAUAGAGGUAACAGGCUCGUACACAGUUUUGCUGAUUGAAAAUGUGAAUAGAACUGACACUGGAAAGUAUGAACUGAAUGCUAAAAACUGCGAGGGCUCCAAAUCAGCAUUUAUCAACGUCAGAGUGUUGGAUACUCCCUCUGCACCAACAAACCUGCAAGUGAAAGAUGUACAAAGAGAUUAUGUGACCAUCUCCUGGGAGGCUCCGCUUAUUGAUGGGGGAGCAAACAUUUUACACUACGUUGUGGAAAAGAGAGAGGAAGCCAGAAAUGCAUUCACAAGUGUUUGUAGCACAUGUACGCGGAACUCGUUAAAGAUUGACAACCUGCAGGAGGGAUGUUUUUAUUAUUUCCGUGUCUUGGCUGUGAACGAGUAUGGAACUGGAUUAGCAGUGGAAACACAGGAGCGUGUUAAAGUGUCUGAAGCUCCUCUACCUCCUGGAAAAAUCUCACUGAGGGAUUUGACCCAAGAGAGUGUAAAACUUGCAUGGGAAAAGCCAGAUCAUGACGGAGGGAGCAAAAUUACAUGUUACGUUAUAGAAAUGCAGGCUCAGGGAUAUGACACAUGGAUAGUCUGUUCCGAGAGUAAAGCUUUGGAAGCAGUCAUCAGUGGACUGACAAAAGGAAUGGAAUAUUUAUUUAGAGUUAGGGCUGUAAAUGAAAAAGGAAAGAGUGAACCAAAGCUCCUAUUGACACCUGUUGCUUUAAAAGACACACGUGCUGAGCCUGUUAUUAAUUUGCUCUCCAGCACAUUCAGUGUGAAGGCAGGGAAUGAUUUAAAGAUUGAAGUGCCAUUCAAGGGUGUACCACAGCCAAUAGCUGCCUGGAAGAAGGAUGGUAACACUAUCAAGGAAACAAGCAGGGUAAAUGUUAGCACAUUCGAUACAUUAUCUCAAAUCGUUAUUAAAGAUGCAACUAAGCUAGACGUCGGCUUGUACGAGGUAACUGUGACCAAUUCCGCUGGUGCUGCCUCUGCUGAAAUUUAUGUUAAUGUUUUUGAAAGACCUGGACCACCAUGCGACAUUAGUGUGCAAGACGUGAGCGCUGACUAUGUGUCUUUAAUAUGGCAACCCCCCCAAUAUAGUGGGGGAUGUCAAAUUUCGAAUUAUGUUGUUGAGAAGAGAGAUACAGGCAGUACAAUAUGGCAGACUGUGUCAGCCACAGUUGCCAGGACCUCUAUCAAAAUAACCCGUCUGACACAGGGCACAGAGUAUCAGUUUCGUGUUGCUGCAGAGAAUCGCUAUGGCAAGAGCUCUUUUGUUGAGUCUGAAACUAUUGUUGCCCAAUACCCCUUCAAAGUCCCUAGUCCACCACUCAAUAUUGCUGUUGUGAGUUCCUCAAAGUCUACCAUGCUUAUUAAAUGGAGUCCACCAAGUAGUGACGGUGGCAGCCCAAUUGUGGGCUAUCAUAUUGAAUGCAAGGAUCAAAGUAGUAUUCUGUGGACAAAGCUUAACAGGGGUCCAGUGAUGGAGAGCAGAUUCAAGGUUACAAGUAUUGAAGAAGGCCUCAUAUAUGAGUUUCGGGUUUAUGCAGAGAAUAUUGCGGGUGUUGGACUUUGCAGUAAAGCAUCUGAGCCUGUGGCAGCAAGAGACCAUUGUGAUCCCCCACACAAUCUCACAGUCACUAACAUAACCAACACUUCAGUAUCCCUCUCAUGGGACAAACCGCAAUAUGAUGGUGGGGCUAAAAUAACCAGUUACAUUGUUGAGCGAAAAGAGCUUCCUGAUAAUUGCUGGUUGAAGUGUAACUUCACCAGCUUGCUUGACACCUUUUUGGAGGUGACUGGCCUCACAGAGGGUGAACAGUAUGACUUCCGGGUCAUUGCAAAGAAUGCAGCAGAGCUCUUCAGUGCACCCUCUGAAACCACAGGACCUGUUACUGUGCAGCAUGAUGUGGAGCCACCUAAAAUGAUCUUAGAGGACAAAUUUAGACAGGGUUUGGUUGUCAAAGUUGGCGACCUUCUAAGAAUAGAUGCUGACAUCUCUGGCCGCCCCAGCCCUCAAGUGUUUUGGUCAAAGAAUAGUUUAACUAUUGGUACAAAGGGUAGGGUUGAGAUUACCACAACAAAGACACAUACUACUCUAAUCAUCAGGGAAAGUGUAAGGAAAGACUCCGGCCAAUACAUUCUGACCCUGCAGAAUAUUUGUGGUACAACAUCUAACACUAUUACAUGCAAAGUCUUAGACAGGCCAGGCCCUCCAGCUGGCCCACUGGUAGUGUCUGGACUUUCAGCAGAGAAAUGCACCUUGUCAUGGGGACAUCCUCAGGAGACAGGUGGUGCAGAGAUAAUGCAUUACAUUGUUGAGAAGUGUGAAACCAGCCGUGUAGCCUGGACACGUGUAUAUGAUGAGUUAAUAGCAACUACCUGCAAGAUACCCAAGCUGCUCAGAGGCAAUGAAUACCUGUUUAGAGUGAGGGGUGUGAACAAAUACGGAGAAGGGGAAACUUUGGAAAGUGAUCCGAUCAAGGCAGCUGAUCCCUUCACCAUCCCGUGUGCUCCAACGGAUGUUCAGGUCACAAGUGCAACAAGUGACGCUAUGACAAUUUGCUGGAAGAGACCCAUAUCUGAUGGCGGUAGUCGAAUCAGUGGGUACAUCGUGGAGAAGCGAGAGAAGCAGGGCGUUCGUUGGUUACGUGUCAAUAAGAAAACUGUGUAUGACCUGCGGUUUAAAGCCUCUGGCCUACACGAAGGAUGUGAAUAUGAAUUCAGGGUUUUUGCCGAGAAUGCUGCAGGAAUAAGUGAACCCAGUCUACCAUGUCCACUCACCAUGGCAGAAGAUCCAAAGUUUCUGCCUUCCCCUCCUGCAAAGCCGAUAAUCAUUGAUUCUUCCAAGUCUUCAAUCACCCUGUCAUGGAACAAGCCACUGUUUGAUGGUGGAGCACCAAUCAUUGGCUACAAAGUUGAAUUCAGAAAAUCCGGAGAAGAAAACUGGGUUGUUGCCGUUCAAAACACAGAAAAGACAGAGUUCAAAGUGGCGGGGCUUACCUCAGAAACAGAAUAUGUAUUUGUUGUUAAAUCUAUGAAUAAGGUAGGCAUCAGUGAGCCAAGUCCUGAAACAGACCCUCAAAUUGCUAUUGAGAGAGAAGAGGGACCCAAGUUUGACAUUAGCACUGAGAUGAAGAAGACACUUCUCGUAAAAGAGGGCAGCUCCUUCACUUUCACUGUGCCGUUCACUGGCAAACCUGUACCCAGUGUGACAUGGGAAAAGGCAGAUGUGGAUUUAAGAAUGAGAGGACUUGUAAACACCACCAGCUCUGUCACAUCCAUCACGCUGGAAAAAGUGACUCGCGAUGACUCUGGUAAAUACAUAGUCAAACUUCAAAAUACUGUCGGGAACACCUCUUUGACUCUGAGUGUGAGGGUUCUGGAUUCCCCUGGCCCCCCAACACAUUUAGCUGUUAGAGACGUGACCAUGAACUCUGCCACUAUUACCUGGGACAUUCCUGAGAAUGAGGGAGGAGCACCUGUAAACAAUUACCUUGUUGACAUACUGGACAUCAGCAGAAAAGGCUGGACAAGACUCACUGACAGAUGCCACAGAUUGUCCUACAAGGUGUCGGACUUAGAGGAGGGCGGGAUCUACUACUUCAGAGUCACUGGCGAAAAUGAGUUUGGCAUCGGUGUUUCGGCUGAGACGAGGGAAGGAACGAAAAUAACAGAUCCAACAGACUGGGAAACCUAACCUGGAGCUUAAUUUAUCUCUCCAGAGUUGAACUCUCACUUGCAGGACAUUCUUCUUGAUAAACAGAUUGCUGAUUUAUUAAAAAAUAAAUGUUUUUUGAAUUCAUAUAAUAUUUUAUUGUAGUCAUGCAAUAUGUUUUGUGUGUAUGGUUAUGUGUGUAUAGCAAUGUGCAUAGCAUUCCUAUAAAACAAAAUAAAAAUUGCUUUAAUUUAUAACAUAUUUUUUUUGUAGAAAGUACCAAG